CCCUCCCACCUCUCCCAAACAGCCUCAUCCGGGCCCUUGGCCGUCACUGUGGUCGGCGAUUCGUCGCCAUUACAGGGCAGCGGCGGCAACGGUCGUGCGGAGAGAGAGAGAGGCUGAGGCGGCCCGGGGGGCUUCCCUUGGGCGGCGACACUGCGGCCUUCCCGACGCCCUCGAGCCAAGGCCGGGCCGGGCCUCGCGGGGCUCCGUCCCUCCUCGUCGCCUCCUCUCUCUCGGCCGCCGCCGCCGCUCCGUCCGCGGGGCCCCGCAGGCCCGGCCGGCUCCCCCGCCUCCCCCUCCGCCUCUGACUCGGCUCUUGAGGCCUACCUGUCUCCGUUUCCCUCUUCAGGGCGAAGCCGUGAGGAAAAUGUCGCCAUGAAGGUGGCCGAGACGACUGCGCUGCGCCGACCCCGCCGCCGGGCCAUGAGCCUGGGCCUCGGCCCCAGCCGCCGCCGCCGCCUCCUCCUUCGCAGUCUCCGCAAGAGCGCCUCCGCGGCGCCCGUGAAUGCUCCAGAGCGCGCCCGUCGCAGCAACAGCAGCUCCAGCCCACGACGUGAUGGACAAGAGCAACCCCUGCGGCUCCGGCCUCGGCGCCGGCUCCUCUUCCUCGGCGUCGGCAGGCAAAGGGCAGCAGCCCCGCUCUAACUCGGCCGGCCCGGCCGGGGGAGAGUCCAAGCCCAAAGGCGGUAAGGGAGUUAGUUGGGCAGGCUUCCAGUUUGUGUGUGUGGUAGGUGCCGGUGGUGCGGUGGUUAGACUGCCGGGCUAGGACCUGGGAGACCAGGGUUCGAAUCCCCACUCGGGUCAGGAAGCUCGCCCUGGGACCAGGCACAACCUGAACAAGCUAGCCGGGUUGUUGCAGGUAUUGAAGGAAGAGAGCCCAUGUGUGUUAUCUUUAGCUUCUUAGAGGAAAAGGUGGGCUAUAAUGCAAGCCAUCGUUAAAAUACAGGGUAGCACACAAGUCUUGCUCUUCAGUACCCUAUAGGAAGGUGGAGGGGCUGGGGGAAGGUUCUCUUCUUUCAGUGUUCCUGGUGUGUGACCAAAUCCCACAGGUGCCUCAUGUCCUGAAAGUGGCUUUUUGGGCAGGUAUGAAUUAAAAUAAGUUCCACAACAUCUUGCAGAUUUCCCCGGUCUUGGUGUAUAUAGGACUGCAGCCAUAAACAUAAGUUCAGGACAGAUAAAAUGCCAGGUAUUCAGGACAGACAGAAGAAAGUACUUGUUCGUGCAGCCCUUAUUUAAACUGUGGAACUCACUUCCAUAGGGGGGUAGGGAUGGCCACAAACUUGGAUGGCUUUAGAAGAAGCAUAGAUAAAUUCACAGAGGAGAAAGCUAUUAGUGGCUACUAGCCAUAGUGGCUGUGCUCAACCUCCACUUUUAAGAGGCAUUAUUUCUCUGAAUACCAGUUACUGGGAAUUGCAGAGGGGAGAGUGCUCUUGUGUUCCACUCUUCUUGGGGGUUUCUCUUUGGAGCAUCCGGAUGGCUAUUAGAGAACAGGAUGUUGGACAACAUGGGUCAUUGGCCUGAUCCGACAGGGCUUUUCUUAUGUUCUCAAUCUUAGGUUCAGAUUAUGUGGUCAAGAUGCUAAUCUAAAGCUGAAUGCAUCCAAGGAUUCUUUUAAUUCAUCUGCAGCUGCUCUUUGGCUCCUGCCUGUGUCUCUCAUUGUAUUCUGCAUUUUCCAUUAGUUCCCUCUCUUCAGGAAUAUGGUCUUUGAAGUCCAAAGGGUAUUUGUUAUGAAGUCUGGCUUCUUGUUUACACUGUAUUUAUAACCAAAAUUGGAAGCAGUGCUGUGUUUGGACUGAUGAUACACUGAAUUAAUGGUUGGUUGCUGCUGCUAAAGAAUGUAGUGUGGAGAUAGAAGGUUUGGGUGGAGCAAGUGCUACUUCUGACUUUCACAGACCAUGUGUCCUGGCACUGAUUAUACUCUAAUCUACAUAGCUAGUUGUGCAAGUGGCUGAUUCUGAGUACGUAAUCCUCAAAUACUGCUAAGGUCAGUGUAACAAGCAGUUGCACUAUUAUUGUGACCUUUUACUUGGCUGGCAGUUAGCAAAUGUCUUUCAUAAAAAACACCCUUCUUCCAUACGUGAUUCAAGCUGCAAAAGUCACCUGUAUUGCUUGUAAAGGAAUCUAAUUACUCCCUCCCUACUUGUAGUUAGCUGUUUAGCUAUUUGAGUCUUAAGGUUGUAAUUAGCAAACUAUGAUUAUCCAUUAUUAUUGUAGGCUUAGAGGCAACUUUUGACAUUUGUUGGGCUCCAAGUCCUAUUAACAUAAAUCAGCAUAGCCAAAUGUCUGGGAGCUCCAGAGGUUCCCCAUCCCUCAUAUAUCUAGACCCCUGCGUCUCACUUGUCAGUGGUAUGGAAAUAAUUAAGAUAUCACAACAGCUGGAUGUUGGUAAAGGUCUUGAUUAUUAGUCUGGGAUAUGUUUAUUGGGUGUAUCUCCAUUGCCUAGUUGAAAUAAUAAGAAAAAAGAAGGACGAGUUGCAGUAAGCUUUAGGUUUUUUCGCUGCCCACUCCUCUCUGCACAGCCAGGAGAAAGUAUGGAAGGUUUUUUUCUGUUUCCUAUUGAAUACAGGUUGCUGUGCUGUCUGGACUCAGAACUGUAGUUAAUCUUCACUAUAGUUGGUUUAAACAAGCUGCAGUUUGAAGUUGGCUUGUUGAACCUAAACCAUAGUUAAUGUAAGUGCAGUUUAUUGUUGCAGAAAGUAUGGCUGCUGUGGUUAACCCAUUGCAAAAGCUUUCAACCUUUUUCUCCUAGCUGCACAGAAAGGAGUGUAUAAGCCCAGUGUACUGCUGAGGUUCCUUCAGUUUGUUUACAUCACAGGAAACUAACCAUUUAGCAUGAUGUGCAUAUACAGCCAAUUAAUAGAGAAGUCUGACCUAAAAUCUCAUUCAUAAUGGCCAGCACUCCAUCAAAUAACAAGCAAUAUAACAAAAUACAAUGGCAUGGUAAAAUUUCUGCAUGCUGAAAAAUAUCUAUAUGGAGAUAACAGUAAUACUGAAGUUCAAUAUGUGCAUACUGUGGUAGCCAGCAUGGUACUCUCCAGAUGUUGUGAGCUAAAAUUCCCUUCUUCCUUGACCAUUAGCCAUGCUGUCUGGAGCUGAUGCAUGCUGUAGUCCAUAACAUCUGGACGACAGCAUCACAGUAGCUACCCCUGACGUAAGCUGUAUUUGCUGAGGUUGUGUGACUAGCUGAAAAUAUAUGACUGACUAAAGUGCUCUUGGCACAGGUAGGAGCGUGAGGAUAUCAGACUUUUUUGCCCUAUCUUUAUAGUGUGUAUCAGCCAUGUGGGCUCCUGGAUCAAGUGAUCCUUGCGAGGGAAAUGCAAACACUAUCCUCUUUCCUAGCUGUAAUUUCUUCUUUCGGAUUAUUCUGCAUAAGUCACUACAGAACUAGUGGCAGUAGAGGCAAAGGUUUAUCUUCCUGGAACAAGUUUUUAACACGAUACUGCAAUAUAUGCAAGAGAUAUGAUUUUGUUCAACAAAUGUCCACUAUAUGUUCAACUGGCUGCUCUUGAAGGGGAGAAAGCUUCAGCAUACAAAUAAACAAUUCACAUUUAAAAAGACAAACGUUGCUCCUAUGGAACUGUUUACAAACAGAUUUAUUUACUAUAGACAGGCUCAAUCACAUGGUCUAAUGCCAACUAUAUGUUCACUAGCAGUUUUCUCUUGGCAUAAUUUAAAACAAUGAAUAAUACAAACCACUGAGACUGCAGUCUUUUACCAGGUUAAUUGGUAGUAAACCCCACUGACUUCAAUGGGACUUGCUUUUCAGUGGACGUGUAUAGAAUAGCACUGUUAAAAUAGCAGACAAAUAUUCAAGUAGCUUUUUCUGGGGAUGAGUAGUAACAAAGCCCAUAAAACAAUGUGGAUGCAUCCUUGCAAUAACUAAACAUGUCUUUUGUUGCUUCUGUGAAUUUUCGGGUUGCAUGUGGUGUUCUGCUUCUUGAUAAAGCUUCUCCUGGGUUAUCCUGCUGACUUUUUGUUGCUUUAACAUGGUAUAUGCUGCAUGUUGCAGUAGGGGUUACUUGAAGGUGAUUAGCUUAGUUGUAGUCAAGAUUCCAUUUUCCAGCCCUGAGACUCUGAACUUGGAUUGCUUUUUUAAAAAGCCACUGCUUUAUCUCUUUUUCUAGAUGGAAAAAACGCAAGUGGAUCCAAACAGCGUUAUAAUCGUAAACGAGAAACUUCGUAUCCCAAAAAUGAUAACUUCGCCAGCCAAUCCCGUCGCUCCUCUUCACAGAAAAGCAAAGCUUUUAAUAAGAUGCCCCCUCAGAGGGGUGGGCAUGGCAGUGGCAGCAAACCUUUUAGCUCUUCUUCUAAUGGUGGAAGACGAGAUGAGGUGAGAAUCUGUCUCACUGGACCAGCCAUAUUUCUUGGGAUGGGAUGAUUGCAUGGUGAUGUUACAUAUCUUGUGUAGAAUGUGCUUGUGCUCUUUUGCUGUGUUCUGAAAAAUGGGAAAGGAUCCUGUAUAGUGAUUUUUACCUCAUCUUCAAAUCUAAAUUGGUGCCAACAGCUGUGGAGGAAGCUAGAACAGCAACCAGAAAGUGUUGUGCCAUAAGUUCUUUCCUUUACCUGUUAGGAAGCUUAUCUUCAAUUGCUGCCCCUUAUCCAGGGGUGGCUAACAUCUGGCCCUUUAGAUGUUGUCCUUCAGUUGGCAUAGCCAGUGAUCAGGGGUGAUGGGAAUUGUAGUCCAGCAGCAUAUGCAAGGUCUUAUCCCUAGUUCUUAUCCCUAGUGCUAUAGCUCAGGUAGAAAUUCCAUUUUUAAAAACAUCAAAACCCUUCUUUUAUGCAGCCACAAUGGGACAUGACAUGCCUAAAGUACCACAAAUAGUGUUUUGUUUUGAUGAGUCUGUAGUGUGUUAAGUUUUGCUUGUACAACUAGCAGAAAGAUAUGUAAGGAAUGGAUGAAACUGUUGAAAGAUCUACAUUUGUGUCUCCAUAUCUGACCUGGCCUCUUCUGCAGCUAAAAUUUAUCUGACAGACAGUGUAAUCUGUUUAUUUGAAAUACCAGUUGUUACCAAUACCAAUUGGUAUUUCAUGCUGUAAAAUGUGCUCAUCAUAGGCCUUACAAGUAAGUUAGCAAUUGAGUGGGAAGUAAUGAUCUCAGAUGUUUGGCUUGUAAUUUAUCAAAUUUGAUGUAAAAUUAAUUUUCCUGUGUGUUGAUACUUGUGGAAUAAGAGUUGUUUGAAACUGACUGAUUUGAACAUUGCUGUCUGAAUUGAGCCUCCAAAACACUGAAGGUGUUACUCUCAUUUGUGUACUAAAUCUUACAGUGCAGCAGUCUUUUAUAGUAAAUGCUCUUUGUACAUGUGUUGCCUACACUACACACCAGUGCAAAAAACCUUGUUUAUGUGGCACAGCUUUUGAAAACUGUUUUAUUGGUAUAUUCUAAGUGACUCAUUGUCUUUUCAGGUAGCAGAGGCCCAGCGGGCAGAGUUCAGCCCUGCCCAGUUCUCUGGACCCAAGAAAAUUAGCCUGAACCACUUGCUGAACUUCACCUUUGAACCUCGCGGCCAAGCAAGCUACGUUGGGAAUGGCCGCGGCAGUUGGGGCAAGAGGAACAGAUGGGAGAACAAGCCUUUCAGCAAGGAACUUUUCCUACAGGCCAAGUGAGUAGGAGGUCAACACAAGGUUGUGGUUGCCUUUCAUAUGCCCAAGGGAGAACGAGGCCAGCAAAAAACAAUCAAGGCAAAGAAAAAUGGAAAAUGUUUUCAUUUUCUUACAUUGCUGUGAUUUUAGUGAAACUUCUGUGAUUAUAUUGUUGUGCUGUUUCCCCAUUUUAAUGAGACUUUAUGCAGCAGUCUCUAUUUGGAAGGUUUUGUGGGCAGAAAGACCUAGGAACGAUUCAGUGUGCACUUUUAAAUUUUAUGCUCUGGUUUCUAUAGACACUUUAGAAGCCUUUUGUAGUGGUAAUUCCGAGAGUAAGUUGAGAGUAAGCCUUGAAAGGUAAUAAUUUAAGGAAAUGAAGGCAUUUUCAAUAUUUCUUCUUUGAUACCAUGUUAUUUUUUAUUAAAUCUGUAAGUGUUGGAUUGGCUUCCUGCAUGAAGUUGAUCCACAUACUGGUAAUACUGUAAUAAAGCAGGGGUGACUAACCUGUUGUCCUUCAGAUGUUGCCAGGCUACAGUUGCCACCAUUUCUGACCAUUGGCCAUGAUUCCUGGGGCUUAUGGGAGAUGGGAGUCAAACAUCUGUAGGGCCAUAAGCUACCCACCCCUGCACUAAUGUGAUUCUGCUAUUAUUUUUUAUGUUGUCCUAUGUAGUGAUGUGAGGUGAGAAUAUUCUCUGCUAUAAAAUUCUCCAGAGAAUAAUCUCCACAAACUGUAAAUUCUAAUGUAAGAACCAGUUUUACAACCCACAUUAUUUUUUUUUAGUAAAUAAUAAGUCAAGCUGUGAUAUUGUCAGUGUAAGUAAUGAAUAAUCAUUUUUUUUAAUCCAUUAUACAUACACAACAUAAUUAGAAUUCAAAGUUGAUGGUCAAUAGUGGCAGGCUUAGUGAUUAAUGUGAGUCAUUCAGGUUGAAUUUUCAAUUUCAGGUUUAGUGCAAAAAAUCAAAGAAUGUGAAUUGACUGCAUUGCCCCAUUGAAUAAAAGUAUCUGUACAGUUUUUGGUUGCCAUCUGAACAAGUUUAUCCAUGAAUAAACAUGUAUAUUAACUAAUUAUAUCAUUUUCAAUGCAUUAAAAUGAAUAUUCUCCUAUUUUAAAUGAAAAAUCUCUAAUAUUUUCAUUAGUUAAGAAUAUUCUCGAGAAUAUUCUCCAAAAGAUUAUUCUUGAGAAUUUAACAUCACUAGUCUUAUAUAAUUGUGAUCUUGAAUACCUGUAUUUCUGGAUUCUUUUCAGUUAGCUUAGCAUCAGAUAAGUAUUCAAUAUUUUGUGUUUUUUCUGUGUUUGCUUUCCAGCUGCCAGUUUGUGGUGUGUGAUGACCAGGACUACACUGUUCAUUUCACUGACCCAGACACCUUGGUCAACUGGGACUUUGUGGAACAAGUGGUUAGUAGCAAUGCACUUUCCUUGAAAGCUUUAUUACACGAACUUAGGUUGGCCACUUACCACUUGAGUUUGGGCUCAGUUCUCCAAUCUGUUAAGGUCAUAUUUUAGAGUGAAACGAUAGCAUAGUAAAUGGUACUCUGUUGCACUUUCCCAGCGGAUUUGCAGCCAUGAAGUCCCCUCUUGCCCGAUAUGCUUAUACCCGCCUACUGCUGCCAAGAUCACUCGCUGUGGGCACAUCUUCUGCUGGGCAUGCAUCCUGCAUUAUCUCUCUCUGAGUGAGAAGACUUGGAGUAAGUGCCCCAUCUGUUAUGGCUCGAUUCACAAGAAAGACCUGAAAAGGUAAAAGAGGUUCUCUGAGCGAUUCCUUAUUUCUUAUUGGCUCACAAGCUACCUAUCGCUCAUCACUUCCCUUUUGUUUUUGCAGCGUUGUUGCUUUGGAAACCCGUCAGUAUGCAAUUGGCGACACAAUUACGAUGCAGCUGAUGCGACGGGGGAAAGGUGUCUUGAUAGCACAGCCCAAGUCAAAGCUGGUGAAUGUGGAACAGCCUAUUCAUCUAGGAGGUGAGCGGCAAAGAGGGAAGUUGGGUAGACCUUGCUGCCAUUUGUGCAGUAUCUGGGGCAUAAUCUAGUACAAAGUUUUCUGGCUUGAGCUGCCUUGAAAUGAAUAGGAGCAGCACAAAAAUCAUUCUUGGCCAUGGCUCCUUGAAGGUGGCAGAACUGUUACUCUGCUGUUGCUCCUUGUAUGUAAACUGCCUAGAUUCCCUGCUUCAAAAAGCAUGUAGCAAUUCCCAGCAGUAAGUAUGACCAAUGGCUGGGAUGAUGGGAAUUGUAGUUCUGCAAAAUCUAGAGGGCCACAGGUGUUCCCCACACCCAACUAGUGCUUUCUUAAGUGCAAGGUUGGACUAAGCACAAUUCUGUGAUCGACAAAUGAUUAAAGUGAUCCAUUUGACCCCUUCCAUUAUUUACUGUUAUGUCCAGUAUUUCACCUCUGCUUUAAGUCUCUGUUUUGCUUCCUCUUCUGUUUUCGCCACCAGGGCUUCAUGAUAGCCCAGUGAGGAAGAUUACCUAAUUGAUCGGUUGCACCUUUUCCACAGUCACAUGUCCAAAACUUUGCUUGUCCUUAAAUCAAGCAAGAUAACUUGAGCACUAGUAACUUAAUUGCUUGGCACAUUCCAGUGUUGUGGGGUCCAGUGUAUCUCAUUAGUUUCCAUGUUAGACUACAUGUUUAGAGUCAUGUAUCAGUAUCAGUCAUGUCUGUUUCUUAUGUUAAGUGGAGCUAUAUCUUUCCAGCUAGGACUUCAGAGGGGUCUGUUGGACCCUAAUAGCAGAUAGAGAAUGAACAAAAGGUUUCAGGUGGUAAAAUAGGGAGUGCUGACUUUUUCGCACCCAUGGGCGUCCUUGCAACCCAGAGAGACUGUCACGGGCACCACAAAUCCCAGGCAGCCAAGCACUCACUGCAGCCUAGUAUAUAGGCUGCAAGUGAAGGCUUCUUUGAAGCCUAAUUUAAUGGAGGAGAGCAACCCCUGUGGUUGCUAGGGAAGGCCUCUGCAGGCAUAUGUAGGUCCAAAUUAUAUAGAGCCCCUAAACAGCUGGGAAAGCAUUGCUGCACCUCUGGCAUCAAUGCAGGCUGUGGCUAUAAAGACAGCAAGCAGAUCACAAGAGUGCUAACUUGUAGGAUGUCUUCCAACUGGUUGGCUACGUUCAUCCCAGUGUACUAUUAACUUGGCAUGUCUUUAUCCAGAUGAGCAACAUGGACAGUACUCCAAGCUACUUCUGGCCUCCAAGGCUCAGGUGCUGCAGGAGGUUAUCCUGGAGGAGAAGGUGGCACUCUUGCGCCAGUAUGAGGAGGACAAGCACACACCUGAAGCAUGUUUCAUUGAGGCUGCCAUUCAGGAGCUGAAGGUGAGGCAUAGCCAGGUUUUGAGUAAUAUGAUGUAGGGAAAUCUGUGCGUUUUACUAGUUGCUCAUGGCACCUGUUCAAUGUGAGUGACUCUGAGCAUUUUUAUUGUGUAUUUCCCUAUUUUGGCAGGUGGCCAAAGUGUGGGGUUUUUUUGGGGGGAGGGGGGUGUUGACAAGCACAAAUACUGCUGAAGUUGUAGCUUGAGCAAAUAGGAAUCUUUAUUUAUUUUGUAAAAAAUUAUACACCACUUGAUUGUAAAAACCCCCAAAGCAGUUUACAAAAAGGUCAUGCCAUAAAAUCGGGAAAUUUGCAAUAUAUUAAAACAUGCAAGAAAUUAAUAUACUAAAAGAGAUUAAAAACCACACCAGCAUUUCUAAGUAUCUGGGUAGGCUUGUCUUUAUUUAUUUAGGAAUAAUGGUUUUUAAGGGUUUUUUUCCAGUUUACAUGAUGCUUCCAGUUUUCUCUUUCAUCUUCACAAUAACCUUACAAGAUAAGUUUGACUUUAAGUCACACAGAACCCAGAUAGUUUGUUGCCACUGUCACUAGUGCCUGUUUCUUGUUCUCUGGUAGGGCAUAAGUGAUGGUUAAACACCAAGAGGCGCAGUCCGAAACAUCUGGAGAGCAUCAGGCUGGCAAAGCCUGGUGUAUAUGUUGAUGUGAUGCUGAGAUUAACAAUGUUUGGCUUGGCUUUUAGGAUCGAGAGGGAAACUUGAUGUCUGACAAAAACAGAGAGAGUGAUGUUGCAGGUACCACGGCAGCUGUGGAGGCUCUCAUCGUGACGGAGUCAUCUGACAAAGAAGCAGCAGCAGUAGUAGCGACCCAGGAGAGGAAGGUGAGAGCUUGAGUGCUGUUGAAAUAGUGUUAUCUCACUCUGUUCAAUAACUAUUUUAAGGUCAUUAGAAUUGGGUGAACCUAGCUUGAGUCCUUGUGCCCCAGAGACCAUUAAGCUAGACACUCCAGGGUGACUUCAGGAAAGAGAUGGCAGAGAUAACUGCAGGGGUUUGAGGGGUUUUGAGGGCUUGCUUGAAUGGGUUGAGAAAGAUGGAUGUGAACUACUCUCUCUUCUUAACAGCCUAUUCUGGAGUAUCUCUCUGCUUUUGAAGAAGAAAUCCUGGAGCCACCUCCUGUAGAUUCUGCGGCUGUUGUCCUGCCCCCUUUUGAGGUGGAAGAGGCAGUGGGAGUGGAUGAUGCCGAGGAAUCUGGCAGGGACCUACCUGGCACAAGUGAGAUGGAAGGAGCCAGUCUGCCUGAACCUGCCUGCGAGAAACCUGAAACAGCAUUCAGCAGUGGGCACCCAAGCACCACCCCUUUCUACUACUUCUAUCAAGGUUAGCUCAACAAUGUCAAGGCAAGGGUAGGGAAGCCUUUUGCAGUUCAAGGUCUGCAUUUCCUCGUGGGGAGCCUUCUGGGGGGCAGCAUGUCAGUGGUGGACAGGGCCAAAGGCAAAAAGUACAUAGAGUGAUGGAUAUGGCUACAUGUUUGUGCAGUGGACACACAAUGUCUCUACCUUUCAUCCAGAUGAGCAAGAGAUACUAUCAUAAUUCAAGGAUCCAUUCCAGCUAGGCAAAUCUGCUCACAGAGGAGAGAGGCCUGGCCUAGGGGAGGGUCUGGAGGGGCCAAACAGAUAAGUUUGGGGGGCUGCAUUUGGACCCCAGGCCUGAGGUACCCCACCCCUGAUGUAAGGCUUCAGAAGAUCACUGUGUAACAUGCUUCACCAACAAUAACUUUCUUCAAGGGAAGCCAGCCUUUUGGGGGCGGGGAAAAGGCCCAGUGACCUUUAAUUACUUUAUGGCCUUAAGAGCUUUGGUUGAGCCAGAGACACAUAGCAGAACAAAAAGUGAGGGGUUCCCAGUGCCCUAUGGAGCGAUGCCCUCUCUGUUUUGUGCUGCCUGGGAGUGGGUAGGUGCUACAAACAAAGGGGGCUCUUAGGUUAUUGGUUCCCAAGGAUGGAUUGAGAGCUGCUUCCCUGAAGAAAACAGGAGAUUCUUUGGUACUCUACUCUCAGAAAUAAGGAGAAUCUGCUAUGUUGUUCUAGUUUUGGAGGCAGUGGUGGUGAUGCUCAGAAAGCAAAACAUCAAUGUGGACUCUCAGAAGUGCAAAUAAAUGCUUAACAACCCACUGCAUUUCCGGGGAUGCCAUAAUUAAGCUUAACACUAUUGAACAGCAGUCCCUGCUAGAGUCUCAAAGGUGGUUUGCAACUGACGUUUUGGAACUGGAGUGAGGUGGCUAUUCAAGGCAGAAUCAAAUACCUUACUGGAUUAUUCCCAUUAUUAUUUAUUAUUAAUUUAUAUGCUGCUUAAGUGGCAUUUGGCAAUUAAAAACCUGUGUGCAGCAGCCCCAGGUGCAUGCAGAGGAGCACUGUAGACUUGGGGCUGCUGUGUCUCGUAAGUGGGUCAAGAGAGUACGGCGCGUUGUCCCGUUUCCCCUGCUUUCCAUAACUGUCCUGCAACUUCUCUUCCCGUGCUGCAGCUGAGGACGGGCAGUGCCUGUACCUUCACCCAGUGAAUGUCCGUUGUCUUGUGCACGAGUACGGCAGCCUGGAGAAGAGCCCAGAGAAGAUCACAGCCACUGUGGUGGAGAUAUCUGGCCACUCCAUGACGGAGGUAACGACACCCAGGAUUGCCCUCAGUGUGUAGUUUGACUGUGGCUGAGCUACUGUCUGAGGUAUAGGUACCUUCAUAGAUUUUGCCUUUGCAAGGAUUUAUUAUCUCCUGGAAUGAUUUUCUGGCUGUGUGCCGGGAGGUGGGUUUAGGUUCACUUGAGUGUUUCUCACACUUGGAAAUACUCAUAACUGGCACUUGCUUGGCUUUAUUUGGUAAAAAUAAGGCAUUUUUUAUUGAUAUUGACCAGCAUUCUCUUUACACAACAUGACUUCAGGGAAUGGGUAUGGGGUAGGGUUACCAUAUUUCAAAAAGUGAAAAUCCAGACACAAAAGUUUAGCUUUUUCUUUCAAAAUCUCCCCCCAAAAUCUUCAUUUUUUGAGCUAUUUCUAAGUAAAUUCGCCAAAAAAAUCAACAUUUCUGUUAUGCGUUGUCAUAUGCCCAGGCAGGGAGGUGUGUUUGAAGGUUGCACAACCAGCUCUCUUCUUUCUACACCCCCAACCCCACCUGCAGGACGUGCGGCAGCGUCAUCGUUACCUGUGUCAUUUGCCACUCACCUGUGAGUUCAGUAUCUGUGAACUAGCUUUGAAGCCUCCUAUCAUUUCGAAGGAAACACUGCAGAUGUUCUCAGGUGAGCAUUGGGAAGUUCUGUUUUUCUGUUGCAAUUCCCAGUCGUAGCUGAAGAGUUGCUUUCCACGUAACUCAAAAUGGGAGUAGCCGGUAUGGUGUCCUCCCAAUGUUGUUGUUGGACUCCCAAAUCCCAUCAAUCCCAUGCCAGCUUGGCCAGUUGGCAGGAAUGAUGGGAGCUGCAGUCCAACAGUAUCUAGAGGGCACCAUGUUAGCCACCCUGAUUUAAGGUUCAGUGCUGAGAAGAGAGGGGGGCAGGUAAUGGAUGUGGGUUUGCUUGGGUUUGGAAACAAAUAUUGGAAAACCGUGAAGUCUAAUCAUGCAACAGAAAAUGGAAACUGAAACCCCAUCAUUGUUGGGCUUCUAAAGGAGGUGCCACUGGGGACUACUACCAAAGGGGGACAGGGAAGGUGCCUUUUCUUUGCUGUUCUGAGCAGUCUGUCUCACCCGGGAACUCUCCCAAUGGCUCUUAGAUGACAUUGAGAAAAGGAAGCGUCUGAGACAGAAGAAAGCUCGUGAUGAGCGACGUCGGGAGCGCAGGAUUGAGAUGGAGGAGAACAAGAAGCAAGGCAGAUGUAAGUGGCAACCUUGCCCUCCUCAUCUAUUAAGAAGUGCUUGGUCUGACGAUUGCUGUAGAUGGAAGCACCUUAGUAAGUGGGAGGAGAGGGGGGCGGUUGUGACUCACGUUGGCCUUUUGUGGUGGUGGUGGUAUAAUUUGAAACAGGCCAGUGAGUAUGUAGAAAUGGCAGACGGUGGGAAUGCCAUAUUUUAAGCAGUGAAGCUAAGGAAUUUCUCAAUGGCAAUAUGGCUUUAACACCCCUCUGAAAUGGAAGAAGAUGCAUGAGGGAGUAGAUGUCACUUGAAUUGAUCUGAAUCAUUGGCAUAGGAGUGAAUAACUUUUGUCACAGAGAUAAAACUUUUGGUUUUCUGUCUAGAUCCAGAGGUUCAUAUUGCUUUAGAGAACUUGCAGCAGUUCCCUGCCUUCAGCGCAUGCUCAGGAGAGUAUGCAGGCACUGAGAACCAGAGUGAUGCUCUGCUGUCUCCUGUUGGUUCAAGUCCCAUGUCUCAAUCAGGUGAGCAGCUGAAAGAGACCUGGGUUCCCAGCCAGUGCUCACUCUCUAAAGGUUUACUUCCACUUCCUUAGCAGAAUCAUCCAUGGGUGGGGUAAUGCAGACAAAAGAGAGGGGAACUCCUGAACAGCAGCUACUGGAAGGAAUGUGAGUCCCCAGCUGAAUUUAAAAUAGCAUCAAACAUGAAACUAAUGAGACUUGGAAGACCAGUGCCUGAGAAAGAAGGAUGCACAGGUGCAUGAGAGCCUAUACCUGCUAUCAUGCCUCCUUAAUAACACAACUCUUAGUCUGUAUAGUAAAUGUGUGAUUUUUCUCCUUGCAGAAUCCAUGUAUACUCCACUGUCUCCCGCAGGCAGUCUUGGCAGCCCUUCACUCUUCGUUGGAAAUCUGGAGGAGGAAUCUACCCUCCCCUCCUUUGCCCAGGUGUGUGCUUUGUGCAGGACUUUCCGCUGCACCCAAUCAGUUCUUCAUUACGAGAAUUGUUUAAGGAAUCUGCUUGUGAUUCAAGCAUAAAUGAAGCCUGAACCCAGAACUACAAAAUUGUCCACACUGCUUUAUCACUUCUGAGUAAACCACGAAAAGGUGUUUGCUACCAUUAACUGUCAUGGGCUGGUUGGAUGCAGAGUGGUGGGCGGCACCAGCUGUGACCACUAGGACAGAGCUGUUCUUGUUUCUUUGAAUAAUGAGUUAACUUCACUGACAUCAGGUGCUUUAUUGCUGACCUAUUCCUUACUCCAGCUCCUGGCAUUAACCUUUAAAGUAGCUUUAGCUGUCCUGUUGAAAUGCCCUCCAUUGAUCUCAAGCCACCUUUAGUCACAGAUUGGUAGCGUGUGGCUGAUCUGACUCUUGUACUUGUUUUUGGUAGAUGCUGAGGGCUGGAAAAGCUAAACCAGAAACAUGGAAUAGUUUUCAGCCAAAGAAGAAAGGUAAGCAAAGUGAUUCUUCUUAGCUUAGUGUCUCCAAGACCUUUGUAGAGUUGAGUCUAUCUCAAUUUAUAGCCAACUUUUCUAUAUAUGGCACCCAAGAUUGUCAACACCAAUCUUAAAAAAUUACGAUGAAAUGGUUAAAGAUGUUUAUCAGUUACAUUUUGAAAUAAAAAAUAAAGUCGCUAGCCACGAAACACCAAAUAGUGACUGCAUUAGAGCAAGUUAAAAGGAGCCAUAAAUAAAGUCAGCCAAGCCAAAGGCCUGUCUAAAUUUAUAAAAGCCUUUGUCUUACAAUGGAAGGAUAUCACCUCUGAUAUCCUGAUAUCUAUGUGUGUUUCUUUUCAAUGGUGCCUCAGAGCACUUAUGACAGAGGCCUGUUCAGACUCCCCAAUGAUUUAAAAACAGCCACUUUUAUUUCAGAGGAAAACUCCACCCUGGCUCCUCCCGCUCCAGGAGACAGUGAUGGGGAGAGCGAUAACUCGGACCGUGUACCUGUGCCUAGUUUCCAGAACUCCUUCAGCCAAGCUAUCGAGGCAGCCUUCCUAAAACUGGACAAGCCGUCCACUUCUGACCAUCUCUUGGGUAAGAAGAGACGGGAAAUAGCCCAGUAGUGUGGGUGGGGGCGCUCAGUUGUGCAGCCCCUUAACACUGAUGUAGGGGGAGACUUGCUCAACUGCUUGUCUAUGGUACAUUUGCACUGUCCCUCUUGGGUGAUGCCUGUCAUGGCCAUCUCCAAUUCAGGUGCUUCUGAUAGUCGUACGUAAUAUUGGAGUACAGUGCAGGGCAAACCUAGCUAGAUAUGUUGAACAAUGCUUAUACAGUCUCACAGUCAUCUUUGUUCUGAUGCUGUGGGAAUUUACUGGCCCAGCUUGAUUCUUUGAGGUGUGGAGGGUUGGUCAUGGGACCUACUGCCACUAACUUAUGUCCCCACCCUUGCUCUGGCCAGUGACCAGCCAGGCAUCCGCGUUUCGAAGGCUUGAAUGGGAAGCUGAAAGUUUUUGAUCCAAAGGCUAGGGGACUUGAGAAUGAAAGAGCUUGCCAGCGGACACCUUCCCGCAGGAAGCCUGCCCUGGUUCUAUAUUUCCAGGGAUGAGUUUUUAUUUAGCCCAGGGACAGUGAACCUGUGGCCCUGCAGAGGUGGGUUGCUGGACUAUAUAUUUCCCACCAUCUUGGGCCAUGCAGGCUGCUGUGGCUGAUGGGAACUGGAGUCCAGCAACAUGUCAAAGGCCUAAAUGGGCUCCUGUAGCUGCAGGAUGAUCCCUUAAUGCAGGGUGUGUGUAUAUAUAAAAGGAAAUUGCUUCUUUGGAGUAAGUCAUUAGUUUAGCAUCUCUGAUAGGGAACAUGUUGCUUCUGGUGACUCAGGCUGUUGUUUCUUUUACAGAGGAAAAAAGAGGCAAGAAAAAGAAGCAGAAGCAAAAGUUGCUGUUCAGCACUUCAGUGGUUCAUACCAAGUGAUCAUACUAAUGGACAGAUUUCUUCACCUGGUUCUCUUUUGUUUGCUUUUGUGUUUUUGCUGCUAUAGAAAAAAAGUAUUUAAGUUUGAGCAGAAUAAGUCUGUUUCUGGGACUUGGGAAGGUGCAUAGGAAUUAAAAAGGAGUACUUGUCCAGUUAAUACCAAAACGAAGUAUUGCAUCGCAGAAGCCAAAGUGCCAGGGCUGUGCCAAGUAUAACUCCUUUGACCUGGGAAUAAUAGUGUGGUCAGGGUGGCACACUUGCUUGUCACUUGAGGCAAGCAGGGAGCUCCAGUUGCUUCUGGCCUGUGUGAAAAGGAGUCUACUGACUGCAGUGGGCUGGGUGAUAACAUCUGCUCCUGGCAAAUUGGUAACUAAAGGAACCUGGCUAUAGAGCAUACACUGAUUGUUGUGUCGUUUUGAUUAGCGCUGCUUAUAAAGAAUUGAGGGGGGGUAGUGGAGGAGGAAAUAAUUCAACUUAUACCUGCUAUUUUUAAUCUUUUCCCCAAAGGGCAAAAGCUGGGGAAAGGUACUUUGGAAAGGCUUUCCUGAGUAAUCUGAUGGGUUCUGGAGGCCAAUUGUAUUCAGCUAGGCAAGAGACUAGCCCUUUCUGCUGCUCUUGGGUGUUAAUGGUGCUAAGGUUACUUGGAGAGAAAUUAGAAUGCCUCCCCCCCCCCCCUUGCGCAGAACAGGUAGCUUGUAUGCACAUGCAGGUCAAACCCCUAAGGAUCUGGAGGUCAUGGUCUUCCGUUUGCUUGGUUCUGGGAUUCAGUUUGGGUUUGUAUAAUGUACAUUUUAGCCUUCCAUUCUUUUUCUCUUCUCACUCUCCAGCCCCUACUUUGUUUUGAGAAGUGGUCUCAUUCUGCACUGCUUGUGGCUUGAUCUGAAACUAAUUACUACUAAAAAUAAAAGUGUCAGUUCCGUUGAAUACAAUGAACUUCAGUGUACCAUACCAGCAAGGGUGAAAUUAGUUGCAAUAAACCAUAUGCACAAGGUGUUUCCCUGAGCUGUACCUUACUCUCUUUUUAACAGACUAUUCUGCAUCAAGC